AUGUCUGUCAUCACAGUUCCCACCAAAUCGACACAUUCGGGCAUUCCUCCCACGAACGAAGAGAUCGAUUCACUCCUUCGCACCAUCAUAGACACCGACAAUGCUCAAACAGCCCUCGAUGCCUCGUACUCCUUGACAAACCUCCUCGUCCAGUCAGUCGGCGCCCGAGGCCUCCUCACCUACGAUAUCCUAGAUCAGACGAAGAAGGCCGCAGCAGACAAGAAAAAUGGCGCCAAACGGGAAAGCGCCAUGUUUAUUCUCGGCGCGCUGUUUGAGCGAAUGCCUCGAGAGCAGCCUCUCAGCGAAGUCAUCUUCCUCGUCAAGGAUGGCGGAGUGCUCAAUGUCGUGCUCGAUGGGUUAGCGGACAAGGGCGGCUCGGUCCGGGAGAGUGCGCAAUUUGCUGUGGACGAGCUGUUCAAGAACUUGUCUCCAGAGGCGAUGGUCGUUGGACUGCUGCCGGCACUGCUGCGCUACCUAUCAAAGUCAACUGGCAAAUGGCAGGGCACGGUUGGCGCGUACAAUUUGCUCGGCAAGAUGGCGGACAGGGCCCAGAUCGGUGACGGCACCAAAGAGGAGGAGCAGGCCAAAGAUGUGCUGAGAGAGUCCAUGGGUUUGAUGCUGAAAGAGCUGAUCCCUAUCGUCGAGAACGGCAUGCAUGAUCUGAAGGCUGAGGUCGGGAAGGCUGCCACCAAAGCCAUGACGAGCUUGACAACACUCCUACAGAACGACGAUGUGGCACCCAGGAUAGCGCUGCUGUUGGACGUCAUGAAGAACCCAAAGCCAGAGAAUACACACAAGGCAGUACAUGCGCUCAGUCAGACGACAUUUGUGGCCGAGGUUACGAGCCCUGUACUCGCCAUGUUGACGCCAUACCUGGAGAGGGCCUUGAACACACCGAGCACGCCGCAGGAGGUGUUGAGGCAAACAACGGUCGUCAUUGAGAACUUGACCAGACUGGUGCAUGAUCCGAUCGAGGCACGGGUGUUCUUGCCGAAGUUGAUGCCUGGUGUACAGAAAGUCAAGAAUGUCGAUGUAAUGAAGCAGGCUAUGGGUGAAGGCGCAGAUGCAGAGACGAAGGGUCAGCUUUCAAGAACGACUAUGGAGGACGUUCUGAAAGUCCUCGAAUUGAAGAUGAGGGCGCAAGGUGGCAUUCAGAAGGAGGAUGCUGCGUUAUGGAAGCUGGGACAGACUUAUGUGUCCGAUCUGGUGAAGGAAGAUGUCAACAUUCGGGUCUUCGAUCGAAUCCCAGAUCGAAUCGCGCCCUAUCUGCGGUAUAUCCUGCCAGAUGAUCUCCGGACGGCCGUGGCGAAUGCCGUACAGCAACACUUCGUCGAGGAGGAUCACAAGAAAUACGGAGCGCCGGUCGUUGAUGACCCCACAGAAGUUGAGGUCGUCAAUGCCGACUUCUCGCUCGGAUAUGGUGGAAUGCUCUUGCUUUCGCACACCAAUCUCAGACUUCUGAAAGGUCAUCGCUACGGUCUCUGCGGACGGAACGGUUGCGGCAAGUCGACUCUGAUGAGAAGUAUCGCCAAUGGCAAGCUCGAAGGUUUCCCACCACAAGAUGUCCUGAAAACAUGCUUCGUCGAGCACAAUCAGGGCGAAGACGCCGACAUCACUAUUCUCGAGUACGUCUCCAAAGAUCCCGAAAUAGCCAAAGAAGGACAAGAGCGCAUCUCUUCCGUCCUUGAAGAAGUCGGCUUCACAUCCGGACCUGAAGGUCGCCAAUCGCACAAAGUCGGCUCCCUAUCCGGUGGCUGGAAGAUGAAGCUCGCUCUCGCCCGCGCCAUGCUCAUGCGCGCCGACGUCUUCCUGCUCGACGAGCCAACUAAUCAUCUCGACGUCGCCAACGUCAAAUGGCUCGAGAACUACCUCAACACCCACAGCGAAAUCACCUCCCUCAUCGUCUCCCACGACUCCGGCUUCCUCGACGCCGUCUGCACAAACAUCAUCCACUACGAACAAAAGAAACUCAAGACCUAUACCGGCAACCUCGCCGACUUCGUCAAAGUCAAGCCCGAGGCGAAAACAUACUACACUCUCUCCGCCGCCCAAGUGCAAUUUAAAUUCCCCCCACCUGGCAUCCUCACGGGCGUCAAAUCCACCACCCGCUCCAUCAUCCGCAUGACCGACGUCAGCUACACGUACCCCGGCGGCUCCAAACCCUCCCUGCAAGAUGUCACAUGCCAGCUCUCCCUCUCCUCCCGCGUCGCCAUCAUCGGCGCCAACGGAGCCGGGAAGUCCACCCUCAUCAAGCUCCUAACCGGCGAGACGAUCCCCAAUACUGGCAAAGUCGAGAAACACCCCAAUCUGCGCAUCGGAUAUAUCAAACAACACGCACUCGAGCACGUCGAGAUGCACACCGAGAAGACACCCACCCAGUACCUUCUCUGGCGGUACGCACACGGCGACGAUCGCGAGGUGCUGAUGAAGCAAACCCGCGUCCUCACCGCCGAGGACCGCGCCCAAAUGGACAAAUGGCUCGAUCUCGGCGACGGCAAAGGCGAGCGCCAAGUCGAGAGCCUGAUCGGCCGGCAGAAAUACAAGAAGACAUUCCAGUACGAAGUCAAAUGGCGCAACAUGCUCCCCAAAUUCAACAGCCAGGUCAGUCGCGAGACACUCCUAGAGUGGGGCUUCGCGAAACUCGUGCAGGAAUUCGACGACCAUGAAUCCUCCCGUGAGGGCCUGGGGUAUCGCAUUCUAGAGCCGAAGGUCAUCGCGAAGCAUUUCGAGGAUGUUGGUCUCGAUCCUGAGAUUGCCGCGCAUAACGAGAUUGGCGGGUUGAGCGGUGGGCAGAAGGUGAAAGUUGUGCUGGCGGGCGCGAUGUGGAAUAAUCCGCAUUUGUUGGUGAUGGACGAGCCGACGAACUUUUUGGAUCGGGAUAGUUUAGGCGGGUUGGCGACGGCGGUGAGGGAGUUUAGGGGUGGGGUGGUUAUGAUUAGUCAUAAUGAGGAGUUUGUCGGGGCGUUGUGUCCGGAGCAGUGGCAUAUUAAGGAUGGGAGGCUGGAUCAUAGGGGGCAUUUGGCUGUUGAUUUGAGUAGGUUUGAGGACUCGAGGCCGGGGUCGAGUGCGGUGAGCUCUGCGGGUGGGAGUUUGCAGGUCAGUAGGGCGGGGAGUCCGAUGGCGAGUCAUGAGGGCACGCCGGCGGCGUCGGGUGCGGAGGAUAAUUCAGAGAUGAACUUCAAGGGCAAGAAGAAGAAGAAGAUGACUAAGAAGCAGUUGAAGGAGAGGGAGGUGAGGAGGCGGUUGAGGUAUAUUGAGUGGUUGAAUAGUCCUAAGGGGACGCCGCAGCCGCCUAAUAGUGAUGAGGAGGAUGGUUGA